GCUGUUUCCUGUCUACAGUGUCUGUGUAAUGUAGAUAAAUGUGAGGAUUUUCUCUAAAUCCCUCUUCUGUUUGCUAAAUCUCACUGUCACUGCUAAAAUCAGAGCAGAUAGAGCCUGCGCAAUGGAAUAAAGUCCUCAAUAUUGAAAUGUGACAUUGCUCUCAACAUCUCACAUCUCUCUGGAUUUCUUUUUUCUCAUCAUUACUGCUAACAAAUUCAUUUCCAGACUUUGCACUUUUAAGAAGCAAUGGAAAAAAUCAACAGUCUUUCAACACAAUUAGUUAAGUGCUGCUUGUGUGAUUUCUUGAAGGUGAAGAUGCACACUGUGUCCUACACCCAUUUCUUCUACCUUGGGCUGUGUUUGCUUACCUUAACCAGUUCUGUUGCUGCUGGCCCAGAAACACUCUGUGGUGCUGAGCUGGUUGAUGCUCUUCAGUUCGUCUGUGGAGACAGAGGCUUUUACUUCAAUAAGCCUACAGGGUAUGGAUCCAGCAGUAGACGCUUACACCACAAGGGAAUAGUGGAUGAAUGCUGCUUCCAGAGUUGUGACCUGAGGAGGCUGGAGAUGUAUUGUGCUCCAAUAAAGCCACCCAAGUCUGCACGGUCUGUACGUGCUCAGCGCCACACUGAUAUGCCAAAAGCACAAAAGGAAGUGCAUUUGAAGAAUACAAGUAGAGGGAACACAGGAAACAGAAACUACAGAAUGUAAGAACAUGCCAUCCACAAGAAUGAAGAAUGAAUGUGCCAUCUGCAGGAUACUUUGCUGUAAAUAAAUUAUUUGUUAAACAUUGGAAGACUUAAAAAAACCUUUGUUUUAAAAAGCUUGAUGCAAUCUCAACCAAUGGGCAUUCUCCCAGUGAACAAUGCAACUAAACAUUCCAAUAUUAAGUCUUUAGAGAACAGAACAUUUUAACCAGCCCAGAGCUAAAAUUUCUGUGGUUGAUAUAUUACUGUUGUUAACCUGUUUUAAAUGUCCUGCACAAAAACUCUUAAAGUCUUGUGCCCCUCAAAUGCUUACAAAUUUAUGGGCCCUUGAUGGAUCCAAUUGCACUAAAUUAACCUAUGAACACUGGCUGCUGGAGUCAUUCAUCAGCCUUGUCUAAGUGGUGGUUUUUUUUAUUUGCACUUCUAUACAAGCAACAAGCUGUUUGUUUUACAGUGUCUGAUAACAUUGUUUGUCUACCCCUUCAUAUUUGCACAGUUUGGCAUUCCCAGUAACAGCAGCAGUAAGGUAACAUACACAGUUUUAAACAUCCAUUAAUUCCAUCUGUGGCAUUUCAACAGAAUAUGGGUUAUAGAUGCAUUUGUUUUAAAACAGUUUUAUUCUUCCUUCUCUUACAAACAUGCAAUUUAUUGCAAUUUGUGAGACAAAAGAUUUUUUAAAGCAGUUAAAGCAUACAUAGGCUCUCAAACCAGUAAUGAUUCUUCCAGGUAAUUAUUUUGCAACAGUAUAGGUAACUUCUUUCUUCCUCCAUAUAAUGCAGUAUGUAAAAUUUAGCAUAUCAAUAAUACACAUAUAUCAAACAGUAUGUAAAAAUCUCUGUUUUAUAGUACAACGGUGCUAUUUUAUAGUUUGUUACAUGAAAGGGUCUGGCCAAAACGGUAAUAGGUAAAAGCAAAUGUGGAAGGACCAAGCCAAAGAUUAAAUAACAAAAUAGUUUCAAAACUAUUCAGCUUAAAUCAACUGAAAUGGCUUCAGAUUUCAAUAUGGUAAUAACUUUCUCAUCUCCAAAAGAAAACGUUUUUUCACUUAUGGUUAUGUGGAACACAAAUUCAUAGAUGUCUAGGCCCAAAGAAAACAAUUUGAAAACCAGCCCUCAAAUGAUUUCAAGGGUUAGUCCAUCAGUGCCUGAAACUUCCUGAAAUGUCAUCAUUCUAUUCAAACAUAAUAGAGAGGUACUCAAGUUCCCCUCUAUUCUAAUUCUUCUCACAAUCAGAUGUGACUUAAAUGACUGUUCACUGGGCUUCUGCAUCUCUCUGCAAAUCAGAAAAGCUGAUCUAAUCACCAAAUUACAGUGUAGAAAGAGUCCCCAAGAAGAGAUUAACCAUAAAAUCCUUACUUCCUUACUUAUAAUCCCCUGUUACAUAACUUUGUUAGGCACUGCACUGGUUCUACCUUGAAUAACACUGUGUCCUAUGCUCCAUUUUUGUUCAUCAACUGAAUGCCAGAUUGGCCAUGCAGUGAAGGGGGAUGGGUAGCCAACAGUGACCAAGGUGAGCAAUAAACUUCUCUGUGAGAGAAUGGAAGACUAGAUGGGUGGAGUGAAAGGGGCCUUGGGGGGGGAAUGCACUGUCCCACUCUGUCCAAGAACUCUAAUGUGGUUCCACUUGACUUCUCCUCACCUUCCUGCAUGUGGUGAACUCAGAACCUGGACAAUACUGUUUGAAGUGAGCAGUUAGGGAGAUGUUAGAUUAGACAUGUAAAGGAAGCAUCCCUUUUUACAGGGCUCAAAUCUGCCUUCCUUUCUACCACAUCCAGGGGAGUAGAUAACUGAAGUGUUGACUAAAACACAAGAAAAGGUUCUCUGCAGACUGCAUACAUACAGCUCCUCAAUAGUUCCUUGUGAAACAAGGUAGGUCUUUAAAGUCUAACAAAUUAUUAUAGUUCCUUUUUUAUUCCCAUAGAAAAUUUGUGGUUUGUAUUUUUAACAAGUGCAAUGUAUUCCUAUGCAAUUCCUUAAACCCUCGGCUUUCUGUGAGAUGGAUAUCUAUAUGCACAAUAAGCUGCCAUAGCAAUGUAAAAGUAGAACAGUAAAUGAAUAAAAAGAAUAUGUCACAGCUGA